AUGUCAGCCAACGCUGCCGCCCUCGAGGUCCUGUUGUCUCCAGUCCCCAACUAUCGCAACGUCCCCACCAUCUCCAUCUGCUCUCACGAGAUUCCUUUGCCAGCAUACUGGCGCAUCAGCGAACUCCUGACCGCGGGGGAAUCCCCUGAUACGAUCGUCACCUUGAUCCUUCAACAUUCAGGCGUGCGGACGCGCAAAGUAGUCGAGACCAUCGUCCAGAAUAUUGCCGACAAUCAAAAGUCCAUGGAAAUCCCCGUUAGAUCCAAGAGAGCAUUCCGAGAGAAUGAGAGAGAGCUGGAGGCUGAUAGAGGAAGAGGAAGAGGUCCAGUGAACCGAAUCAGCUUGUUUCUAGGAAAGAAGCCCAAGGCAUCAGAUCGAGCAAGUACUUAUUCAAUCCCCAGUGCUCCUGCCAAGACUGCAUUGCAGCUUCAGAAGGAGAGGGAGAGAAAUGCAAAAGCAGUGACUGAUGCUAGGUUACAAAAGGCCGACCAAGAGGAGAAGACUUUGCUAACAACAGCAAUGAACUUGGCCAGCAGGAGGGAUUCAUUGUUGAAAGAGCGACGAGAGAACCACGAGGAUGCUGCCGACGACCAAUUGCAGAGAGACAAGACUAUGGCUGCCAUCGAUCUGGAGAUGCAAAAGACCUUGCAGAGACAUGCCGAGGUUGAGAUGGAGAAGGAGUUUGUAAAGCGGAUGAUGCACUUGAUCGGCAAUGAUGUCGAGGCGAGGGUCUAG